CAAAGACUUCGGAUACGACUCUAUCAGUGAUGGGGAACCGGACGACAAAAGCGCUGAACAGACAUUUAAAAAGCCAUCAGGGACAUUGUCUAUUGAUGAAAUGGUAGCCCAGGGAAUCCUAUUUUUCGUCGCCGGCUACGAUACUACCAGUGCAGCCCUAACUCACGCCAUAUACUAUCUGUCCCUUCAUCCGGAGUGUCAACAGAAACUGUACGAUGAGUUGAAAACAUGCGAUGAGUUUACGUACGAAAAGUUGGUUCACUUGAAGUACUUGAAUGCAGUCAUCAAUGAGACCCUACGAUUCGCGCCGUCGUUUUUACGAUUAUUUCGGGUAUGCGUUGAGGACUACCCCCUCGGAAAUACAGGUAUUACAAUACCAGCUGGUACUUCUAUGACUGUUAGUACCUACGCAUUGCACCGGGAUUCUAAAUAUUGGGACAACCCCAAUGACUUCUUACCUGAACGUUGGAUUCAACCUAAACACCAUCCCUACGCCUAUAUGCCAUUUGGUGGUGGACCUAGACAUAUCGAGCUAUUUGCCGACAAAAGGGUUUCCAAUGAGACACCUGUGUUGGCGUCUAUAUGUCUACAGUUUAUUUCCAGUCGCAUCUAUUCAUGUUUUAAAGUUAAGGCCUAUCGCAGACCCAAAGGCGUCAACACAGGUAUCUCAAACGAUACUACUCAUACUGGACCAGACAUGGAGUACCAGGGCCAAAAUAUGUUGAUUUACGCCAGGUUCUUAAACCAUUACAUGAAGUAG